GUAUGUCGUCGUUGGUUUAAUAAGAAUAUCCAAUGCGAGUAUGCUUAUGGAAGGAAACUUGUAGCUUUUAUAAAAUAGAUAAUAUUAAGGCUACUAGUAGUAGUAUUAUAAGUCGUUGUUUUCAGCAAACGCGUGUAGCCACCUCACACUCAUGGGUUACAACUCUGUCAGAGAAGGAAGUGAUAGGAGAACCAACUGAGCUUAAAGUAGGUGAAGACUCUAAACUUGUCAGAGAUGUGGAAGACAGUUGGUCAUCCGUCAACGCUUCGUCGUUGGCCUUCCCUUCUAGAAAGAACGGGACUCAAUUAACUAAAAGGCAAAAGGCACCGCACUUGAAAGAAAAGAGCGCCACUGGGCGAUUUCUGAUUUUCUCAAUUUCUUCUUCAAACGAUGGAAUAUAUAACUCUCGUAAUUAUUCUACCGGAAAGCCGGUUUUACAAAAGUUUCACGUAGGAACAGUGUCAGAACAAAGUAGUCUUCGGGAAGUUCUUCACGACGAUAUGUUUGAAGAAGAAGAGGAAGAAGAGGAAGACCAUUUAUAUGGUCCAGAUGCAGACUUAGAACUCCCUUAUUUGCAAUCAAAGUACUAUUCGACUGAAAACUACUUGGCAAACGCUACCAUAGUUAAUGAGGCCUUGGAGAAUCCGUAUGAGAUAUUCGAAGAACAGUGGAAUCAUACUGUUGAAAGUGGGAACCAACCGGAAGCUGCACUUUCGGAUUUAUUUCAACUUUCGUUGUUUCGUGAAUACCAACUGAAUGAUUCGUCAUCUUUUUCUGUUCGAACGAGACCUUCUGGAGCAGUCGUUCGUGUUAGAAAGAGGCAAGUAGAGGAUCCAAAGUAUGCAGAAGAAUUAAGAUUGGAAUUUGCUUGCCUUCAAGAGUCAUUAGAUCGAUUUAGAAAUUUGUUAGAAACAGCUGUGAAACGUGGAGAUAUUGGUUGGUUAAGCCCAGCUCAGAGACUUAUUUUGAGUUGGUUAAGUCCUUUAGCUUUUGCCAUCAAGAGAGAACAACAACGUUUGAAGGUCAAAAUAUCAUUGACCAAAGAUGAAUCUCACUUACUGAGAUUGGAACCUGCCAAACUUGCCCUUAUAACGAUCCAAGAAACACUUCGUUUGACUGUUCCUAGAAAAGAGGGUUACCCGUAUUUAAGUCUGUGUCUUGAAGUAGGAAAGGCAGUUCAAACUCAAUGUAACGCAGAAGAACUAGAAAGACUAAGAAAGAAGUUACAAUAUGAACAAGUGCAUCAAGAAACUAUGGAAAACAAACAAGUCGAUAAUACGAAUACGACGUUGACAGAGUCUUCAGAAUCAAAGGAAAGUUCCAACUCUUUUAGAAUUCGAUUGCAUCAACUGAAAAAGUUAUUGAAAAGAAAUGAGAAUGAUAAGAAUGGUCAUCGUCCUUAUAUCAAUUUAUUUGCGUAUCGAUUGACUGGAAAUGCGGCAUUUUGGGAUAAGUUAACUACUCUUCGAGUAGGUAGUUAUUUAGUUGACAUGUUAUUGAAGAAUGCUCCCACCCAACAAGUUUUGGUUCGUACAAAGGCUUCCUCAGAUUCUCAGUUUGUUUCUGCAUUUUGGCACAAGACUGUAAGAGGUAAUGGAAAUAAGCUACAAGGUUUGGUUGGAUGCAGAGAUAUUGUUUAUGAUAUACUUUCUCGAGAUCUUUCCAACCCUUUUUUGAAUCCUCUACCAAGAUUGAGGCCUAUGGUAGUAGUUCCUAAACCAUGGACGGGUCCCAAAACAGGUGGUUAUUUAAGAAUUCGUUCUGAUUUGAUGCGAUGUGAGCAUUCGCAUAGAAGUCAAUGGAAUGCUUUGAGAACAGCCAAUUUAUCGAAAGUGUAUGAAGGACUCAAUGCUUUGGGAGCAACUCCUUGGAAAGUGAAUACUAAGAUACUUGAAGUUGCAGAAGAACUUUGGAGAAGAGGAGGUGGUAUAGCCGGUUUAGUGAAUAGAGAGAGAAUUGAUGUUCCAAAGAUCAACUUUAAUGACUUUCGUUUGCUUCCUCGGAACGAAAUGACACAAAUACGUGGUGAAAUAAGAGAAGCGAAGAAGGCGGUGGCUGAGAGACACGCGUUGACAUGUCAAACGGAAAUCAUUCUUCAGGAAGCAAGAGAGUUUGCUAAAUACGAUGUUUUUUAUUUACCACAUAAUAUGGAUUUUCGAGGUCGUGCCUAUCCCAUUCCUUCUACUUUGCAUCAUAUGUCUUCCGAUUUACAUCGUGGUUUGCUUAUGUUUGCAUCACCUGGAAAGCCUUUAGGGGAAAGAGGUGUAUAUUGGUUAAAGGUUCACAUAGCCAAUUUGGCUGGACAAGACAAGGCAACUUUUGAAGAUAGAGUACGUUGGACGGAGAAUCAUUCUCUUGAAAUCAUUCAAGUUGCCCAAGACCCACUUGAUCCGAACAACUUGGAAUGGUGGAGUACUCGAGAAGAUCCAUUUCAAUUUCUGGCUGCUUGUGUAGAAUUUGCAAAUGCAGCAAGUCAAGGCAAUUCGAUGUCCCAUUACUGUUCCUCAGUUCCUAUUCAAAUGGACGGUUCUUGUAAUGGAUUGCAACAUUAUGCUGCAUUGGCAAGAGAUUGUGAAGGUGCAUUCAAGGUAAAUCUAUUACCUUGUGAUAAGCCACAAGAUGUGUAUUCUGCUGUAUGUGAUCGCGUACGUGUGAUGGUAGAGAAGGAUGCAGAAAGAGGAUUGGAAGAAGCUAAAUUGGCAUUAAAAUGCUUAUCAAGAAAAGUUGUGAAGCAAACAGUGAUGACUUCCGUAUAUGGAGUAACUCUUAUAGGAGCUCGCUUGCAAAUUGAGAACCGUCUUAGAGAAGCAAAGUUGAUAGAGAAGGAAUGGAUAUUCAAAGUUAGUUCUUAUCUUGCAAGUCGUACUUUGGAAAGUAUUGGAAACUUGUUUGAAGUUGCUGAUAGGACCAUGGAAUGGCUUUCAGAAUGUGCACAAAAGAUAGCUCAUACCAAACAAGCUGUUAGUUGGAUUACUCCUCUAGGACUUCCCAUUUAUCAACCUUAUAGGAGCAAAGUCAGAUUAGAUGUGAAGACAGCCAUGCAAAUAGUUUCUAUGCAAUUAUACGAUGAAAGUCUUCCUAUAGAAAAGAGGAAACAAAUGACGGCUUUUCCUCCCAAUUAUAUUCAUUCGUUAGAUUCCAGUCAUAUGUUGAUGACUGCUUCAGCUUGUGUGAAGGAAGGAAUGUAUUUUGCAGCUGUUCAUGAUUCCUUUUGGACAAGUGCUGCUGAUGUCGAUCGUAUGAAUCGGAUUCUACGAGAAACUUUUGUUGGGCUUCACUCGAAUAAUUUAUUAUGGCAGCUUUAUGAAUACUUUCGAAGUCGUUAUCCUCAAGUAGACUUUCGUCCACCUCCAGAAAGAGGAACUUUAGAUAUUCAAAGUGUUCUGGAUGCGCCUUUCUUUUUUGACUAAAGGCUGUUUGUACAAAACUUGAGAUGUAUCGAGACUAGGAAUAUAAAAAGUAGUGAGAAUUUUCUAUCAGAACUGGAAUGCACUUUUG